GACAAGAGAGGGAGGAACAGGUAUGUACCCAUGAUCACUUAGACCGACCUCACACUCAGGAGAAAGUUGACUUCUACACAAGUAAAAAGCAGUUACACUAAAAAGACAUUUAGACGGAGACCACAGUCGGUGGCGAGCUAACGAACAGUUCACACGUGGUGUGUGUGUGUCUGCGUGUCCACUGACAAAUGCACGAUGUUACUCCUGGCGUGUGUGGUCCUCGCCAAUACAUUCGCUGGAGCAGAGAUCAGGUCUGGCGGGUGGCGUCCCGUUGUCCCACACGGAGAGUCACAGAGCCAUCUAUCAGUCUCAUACCACACUGUACACGCCGGCGGGGAAGAGUCCCCGCCUCUGCAGUACUACCAUCAGCUCGGGGAGACCCUCGCUGCUGAAGACAGCAGGGGGCAAGACCACUGCGCCAUCUACAAAGUCUCCUUCAUACAGGACCUCUAUUUCCAGUACAUCCAGUACAAGACGUCACUGCCCGACUUCAAGGAGUUCACCGUCUGCAUGUGGCACAAAUUCUACAACCACUCGAGCGACCACCCACUCUUCUCUUACGCUGUGCCAAACCAGCCGCGUGCCAUCUAUCUGUGGGUUUCGAACAGUGCUCGCAGUAGCUACUUCAGCCUGUCGGUGGAGAGUCACACCUUCUUCAGACUCAACUACCCUCUGCGCCUUAACAGAUGGUACCACUCCUGCACCUCGUGGAACGGCCGAUCUGGCGAGUGGCAGAUCUGGGUAAACGCAGAGCGCGUAGGGCGAGGCUUUCACAACAGGCUCGUUGGCCACGUGAUACCAGGAGGUGGCAUUGCCAUCACUGGCCAAGAACAGCGGCAAUUUGGUGUGGAUUCUUGGAAAGGCUCUGGUGGUCUUCUGGGUGAGGUGACACAGCUGUAUUUGUACAAGGCUGCUCUCGCAGCUGGAAAGGCUCAUCGAGACCACAAACAUCAUCAUGGUAACCAUGUGAGCACCACCACACCUCAACCACCACCUGUCUCUACCGGCCCUCCGCUACCAUCACAUCCCCUUUUCAUAUCUGGGCAACUCAUACCACGACUCAACGUCCAUGCACAGCUUGGAGUGCGGCCUCAAAACCCAUCUCCUCUCCCAGGAAAUCCUCUGCUGGUAUCACCUUUACUUCAGCAGUCUGGAGGCAGUACAAGCAGCAUUUCGCUACCAGGUGUCUCUUCCUUUUCUAUACAUCAUGCACCUGGACCUACUGCAUCACUGGACAGCAGUCCAUUGGCCAUACAGCAAGACGGUGGCUCUCUCCUCAAUAUCCAGCACUCAUUGUUCAAAAGAGAUGACGAGCAGGAUAAAUCAGUCGCUGUGCAGGGCACAACAGCAGCAAGGUCAAAACGUAGCACAUCCACUCACAAAAAUAAAUUUCCUCCAAAGAAGUACCUUCUAACAAUCAAAGAUCAGAAACUCGACAGUGAAUUGAAGAAAUCAGACGGGAGGUCAGCAACUGAAGCACAAGGCAAACGCAGAGUCACAAAACGAGCCGUUGACUUCGGCGACGAUGACGACGGAAAUGGACAAUACUUUGAGUCUCUGGGUUCGUCACUUCUUGGAAACUCAGCAGGACUUCUGGGAGGAGAUUUCAAUCCAAUAAGCACUCCACAGCAGGAAGACAAUUAUGACCUAUCUGGUACAAGAGAUAAUUAUCCCAGAGAACCAGCUGAAGGGGAGGUGUUACAAGUGAUGAAUGUCUGCUCAGGGUGUGCUCCAGAACCAUUCAAGAAAGCAGAGCUCAUAUCCUGGAGAAAUACACCCAAGAAACUGUACUCUGGAGCACUUUACACUUUGGCCAACCCGGUGUGCAGGAGGUUUUAGGCUAGUCUAUUGUUAAUGUUGCCAUUAAUGGUGGUUCACAGUGCUGGAUUCAAAGAUGUAAACAUGGGAAAACAUUCUUUGGACAUUUUCAAAUGUCUGGACUGGACAUGUACGAUAUUUUAGAGGCCACUUCAAACUUCAGAUAAAAGGAAAAGGGUUAAUAACAUAGUCAGAUUUCAUCCAAUGGGCCUGUGCAAUAGAUAGACCACACCCUUUCCUUUUACCAGAAGACGAAACGCCGCACAAUGAUUCAGUCAAAAUGUGUCUAUGGUCAAAGACAUCACCCAGCACCUGGUGAUAUCAAUAUUAGCCUUUAAAAUGGACACGUAUGAAGACAUUCCUGUUGUUUGUGUGUGCAUUUAUGGGUUUAGAGGCACAUCGGCUGCUAAGGCCGAGAAGCCAAUAACAACCGCCAAGUAUUUAUUUAAGUCACAGUAUUACAGUGCCUGAGGGGAAGAGACCGCUGGGGAGACCUAGACGUAGAUGGGAGGAUAAAGUCAGGCGGGAUCUAUGGGAGAUAGGAGUUGAAGGAGACUGGAUUUUGUUGGCCCAGGACAGGGUCCGGUCGAGGGCUUUGGUUAAUUCGGUGAUGAACCUUCGGGUUCGGUAAGCCAUCUAGUUAGUUAGUUAGUUAUUACAGUGCAUGCAGCUGAUGUGACCACAGCUUCAGAAGGAUUAUGGGUGAAGUACAUUAUAAAUGUCGCAAAAUUAUUCCAUGUUGACAGAGUAACAUUAUCCAAAAAUUCACAAUUUAAUUAAGAUAAUGAAAUUUAGUACUUCAUCUUCAAAAAAUUCAUGCCUCGGUGCUUUCAUACUGAUGUAUAUUUGUGAAAAGACGUGGCUCUCUGGUAACCUGAGUCACCAACUACAACUACAAUAAAACCUAUCAAACAAGAAAUCAAACCCUUACCGAAGAAUAAAAAUUCCCUCACUUCCAAAACAAAAGAAGUCAAUGUGGAAAACAUAUCAAUUUGAUAGAACUGCAUCUUUUAUUCCUAUACUGUGAACCAACAUUGUUACACUUACGUUCAUUACAAAACUGUUCUUAUGAUGUGUUUAUUACAAGUCAUGAACCAUCAAUUCGGUUUUAAAUAAAUGUAGUGACAUUAGUAUUAUUAAAAAGUCAGACCUUACUAAUCUUUGAGAAAUGCCUACCAGUAAACGAGAUUUAAGAAAAACAAUUGAUUUCCUCUAAAUGUCUUAAUUUCAUUGGGCGUUCUGUCACUAAAAGGGUGUUGCACAUUUUAUAUGAAAUUCAAUAUUAACUGAAUACUGCAAUUCCUCCUAAUUGAAGGAACCAGCCCUGUAAAUAUUACGCUAAAAUCUCUCUUUAAUGUAUAUUUGUUUUGUGCAAAAUCAAAGCAUAAUUCAUAAAACUUCUUAACAGCAUACCACAUUAAUACAUUCCGUAUACGAAUUCCUGAACAAAGUACAACAGCAUAAAAAUAAAUAGAAACAUACUACGCAUAUAACAUGUUUCAAUCUGCUGAAUGUUUGACAACUUUUAGUCAAGAAUGUAUGCCAUAAUCCGAUAUCAAUUAAUUUUUGCUUUGAUGUUGUUAUAAAAAAACUUAAUAAAACUUCAUUUACAGGAGCAAACUUUCCAUAUUCACACAUGGUAACGUAGAUAUUCAUGCGGUACUGCGAAACAUGUCUGAGAGAGUUCAAGUGUCGUAGAACACGAAGAAAUAAGUAAUUCGUACCAUCUAUCAUUUGUCAAAUAUAUUUUUAAUUCAGUAAAAUUUUGUAAUGUAAACAGAAAUGUUCAAUUAUUUAUUCACCAUAACGACAGUUCCAUAAACCCAAAAUUAAUAUCUUGACCCAGAGUUCAAGUUUUGGAGAACAGACACAAAUUAUGUAACAGAUUAAUGUCAGCCAUAAUUAAGCAAACACCUUCUUGCAGACAACUUUAUAAGCUUAUCUGUAUAAAAAUAUAUAUUUAAAACUGCAACCAAGGUGUAUUUUCCUUAUCAUUAUCAUCUCCACUUUCAUUAUCAGCUAAUUUCUGCUGACUAGAACAUUCCCAUCAGCAAGAUUACUUAUUAUAAUACAUAAAUGCAAAUUUGCAUAAAAUAAAAAUAUUUUUAUGUUA